GUACACUUACAUAAAAUGGGCUGACGACUUUGACCCUCCUAGCUUAGUGUCGCCUUGGGCACAGAGAUUGAAAUGGCCAUAGCGUAUCUACCUACAUGUACACAAGUAGACGUUAACCAAGAGGCGAAAAGGAACGAGGACGUGGUGGGGGGGCAAUAUUCAAAAAGUCACAGAGUUGAAAAGAAAGCAAAUAAUCUCGGCAUUCAACAGAUCUACGUGCUUGCUUAAAGAAUGAUGGCGUCUCGCGAGGAGAAAGUUUGCCGGGAAAGAGAGGAGCGCGAGCUGCGACGACAACUGCAAGCCCCUCACAAGGUGCUCCACAACCAAGACAUCCAGCAGCUGAUUGGUCAUCUGGAAGAAACCCCUCAGCUGCAGCUGGGGAGCUCUGGUUUGGAGCAGGAUCAUCCACAGCACCCCCAAGUUAAAGAGGAGGAAGAAGAUACUGACAUCAGCACGUUGCCACUGACUGUCAUCUCCGUGAAAACCGAGGAUAGCGGAGACGAACCACUUGAGUCAUUACAGCCUCAUUCUCCCAAUAAAAGUGAAGACUGCUUGGGUGGACCACCCCCUGACACACUCUUGGCGCCACUGUCAGACACUGAAAAUGCAGAAGAUAGGAACGACACAGACUGUGAAGAUGACAACAAACCACUGAAAUGCUCCAAAAAGAAGACAGGUGGUGCCUGCUCAAUUUGUGGUAAAACAUUUGCCCAAAACGGACCUAUGAUAAGACACAUGCGAACGCACACGGGAGAAAAACCCUUUACUUGUUCAGUUUGCGGUAAAGGAUUCACUAACAAGUCAGAUAUGGUUCGACACAUGAGAACACACACGGGAGAAAAACCUUUCAAUUGCUCGCUGUGUGAGAAAAGGUUUACUCACAAGGAAAGUUUAGUAGCACACACAAGAACACACACUGGAGAAAAACCCUUUAUUUGCUCAGUUUGUGGGAAAACAUUCACUCAAAAUUCAAGUAUGGUAGCCCACAUGAGAAUACACACGGGAGAAAAACCCUAUAGUUGUUCUGUGUGUGGUAAAAGAUUCAUUCUAAAGCCAAACAUGGUUUCACACAUGAGAACGCAUUCGGGAGAAAAACCUUACAGUUGCUCGGUGUGUGAUAAAACAUUCUCUUUUAAAUCUUGCGUGGUAACUCACAUGAGAACCCACACAGGGGAAAAACCUUUUCGUUGCUCCUUGUGUGGUGAAAGAUAUGCUCAGAGGGCCAAUUUGACAGCACACAAGCGGAUACACAACACAGAGUAACCACUUCAAACAGGGUUCGUACGCAACUAUGGAAAAGUAUGGAAUUUGGUUUCAUAAACUUUCGGUUCGAAAUAUUGUCUGUCUGGUUACCAUAUCUGCUACACAGUUCUGAAGACCCAGUUUCAAAUGUGGCACUGCCUGUGUAGAGUUUAAAUAUUCUGCCCGUUCCUGCAUGGGGGGAAGAUUCCAAGACUGUAUUUCUCCAUGUACUCCGGUUUCCUCCCAUAUUCCCAGAACAUGCAUUCAGUACAACAUUUUUAGAUCGACAGCUUGCAUCAGCUGUCACAUAUGAAUACAGUAUAUGGAAUACACAGGAUGUGCAAUAGUAACUGAUUUUUAUCAUGCCUGUGAUUUUUAUUUCACAUUUUCAAACAGAAGAUCCGUUUUGCUGGACUACUGGCUAGCGCUUGCAUUCCCUGAGAAUAGGAUUAGAAUGAUAAUGUGUUGCAAGGGGAAAAAAAUGCUUUUGUGAAACUAUGUUUUGGCUGGCGGCACGGUGGCUCAGCUGGUAAAGCGUUGGUCUCACAGUUCUGAGGACCCAGGUUCUAUCCCGUCCCCACCUGUGUGGAGUUAGCAUUUUCUCUCCUCCACUGCGGUUUCCUCCCACAUCCCAAAAACAUGCAACGUUAAUUGGACACUCUAAAUUGCCCCUAGGUGUGAUUGUGGGUGCGGCUGUUUGUCUCGAUGUGCCCUGCAAUUGGCUUGCAACCAGUUCAGUGUGUACCCCGCCUCCUGCCCGUUGACAGCUGGGAUAGGCUCCAGCACCCAGCACUCCCCGCGUCCCUCUUGAGGAUAAGCGGCGAAGAAAAUGGAUGGAUGGAUAUAUUUUGGCUACAAAAUCUAUGACAUGAUUUGGUUUGUUUUUUUUUCAUUCAUUAUUUUCAUUCGAGGUGUACAAUUACUGGGGGUUAAUGGAAUAUUUGGCAAAAUAAUGGCAUUAAAAAAGAAUUAGAAUGAUACAUGUCUAAUUUUUUAAAUGUCACAAAUUAUUUAAUGUUUUUAACUGAGAACUUCAGAAAUUAGGAUAUGAAAAAAAACAUGGAAUUUUGAAAUCUCAAAUCUGUAUGAACCCUGUUUAAAGUAAGGCUCUUCUGCCACAUAAUGCCAUUUCUUGCUCUAUUGAAUUGUCCCCCAAAGUGUGUAAAUGUUCCAGUUUACUGUGCUGUACACUACAAUUGAUUUUUAUCAUCGUCAGCUUACCACAGAGGUGACUCGUCAUUGCAGAAUUUUGGUGUCUUCACUUGUCAUGAUUUACUUGUGUUUGUGUUGUGUUUAGGGCUUGAGCUGCUGUGUGUGUGCAUCUGAGUGUGUGUCUGUAAAAGUCAUUAUUAAAGGGGAAAUCCAGUGGUUUGCAUUAACAAUGUAUUCAAUAGGUCAUGUAAUAUGCACCCUAUUUUGACAUUGUGAUGUUAAAUCCUCUCUCAUUUAAUAGUGUUUGGAGAAGAUUUUUAUCGACAAUUACAAAUUUUCAGGGGCGCUGCCAUUUUCAUGAGUCACAUGACCUACGUGCGCGGAUGUGACGUGUACCGUGCUGCAACAUAGGCUCGAUUAGAUGGGACACCAUUUAUGCCCAUUGCUGAUUUCUUGGAUUUAUCCUCAUCUGAUGAAAAAAUAGCGAUAUCGGUUGAUCAGGAAGACGGAGGACGGUGCUCACGGCUGUACGGCUGCGUACGGAAGUAUUCCUCUGUCUUCCCGAUUAACCGAUACUGCUAUUUCUUCAUCAGAUGAGGAUAAAUCCGAGAAAUCAGCGAUGGGCAUAAAUGGUGUCCCAUGUAAUCGAGCCUAUGUUGCGGCACGGUACAUGUCACAUCCGCGCACUUCUUCUCAAACCACUUUUAAAGGAGAGAAGAUUUAACAUCACAUUGUCAAAAUAGAGUACAUAUUACAUGAACUAUUGGAUAUCUUGUUCAUGCAAACCAGUGGAUUUCGCCUUUAAAUUACUUUCAGAUCCUCCUAUUUAAAUGGCAGUUGGUAACCAGGGUUCGCCUGCAUUUCCACCACUAAACCGAAUGGAGUGUGGUUCAGUAGAUGGAUAAAAUUAAGCCCCAGGAAGAUUCUCAGUAUUAAAAGGUUUGCAUUUUCUCUAAAAGGUCACGUGGCAUCAAUAUUUUAUUGAAUUUUUUUUAUGUUGUUUUAGGUGGCAAUAUUUAUUUUUCUUAUGUAUUAAUAUGUGUAAUUGGUUCUCUCUGAUGUAAAGUUAAAUACUAAAGGAAUGGGUUUUUUUUCUUAAUAAAACAAAUAUUCUGCCUGUUAUCCGUAUCUUGAUUGUUGCAUGAAUUAAGGGACAAGUAGAAGUUAUGAUGUAUACAUUUUAACAGGGUCGUGAGAGUACUGGAGGUUUUUGCACCUAACUUAGAGCAGGAGGCGCGGUACACCCUGAACUGGUUGCCAGCCAAUCGCAGUGCACAUAAAAAUGAACAACCAUUUGCACGCACAGUCACACAUAAGGGCAAUUUAAAGUCUCCAAAGAGUGCACAUUUUUGGGAUGUGGGAGGAAACUGGAGAAAAUGCACGCAGGCACGGGGAGAACAUACAAACUCCUCAUCGGCGGGGUGUGGAUAUGAGCCCUAAUCCUUAGCGAUGUGAAGCAAACGUUCUAACCAGUUGCGGCACCGUGCCAGCCAAGUGGAGUCUAAUGACAUCAAAUUCACAACUUGACUCCAAGUCCUGACUCAAGUUCACACCUCUGUUUCUUUAUAUGUGAAAAGUGAAUUUUCCAAUUCAUAGUACCAGUACCACAGUCUUUUUUUCGAUGCCUUUGUGUGUGUGCGUGCGUGCAUGCGUGCGUGUACAAGGCACCUAUCAUAGCAGACCUGUUUCAUCAGGCUUAAGAUUGUGUGUUGUUUGGGCGGUAAUAUGUGCCCACCCCGCUCCCCACCCCCGAUUUUUAAGGAUACUGAUUUGAAGCACGCCUUAAAUUAAUCCCAUCACUCUUAAACCUCUGAACCUUCAAACAAUCGUGCAGUGCAAGCCUUGGUUGUGGUUAGUGUACUGAGGUCAUCCAUGUAAGCUCUGACUGGAGGCAACCUCACCCCAGGUCUUAUUCGCUGGUUACCAACCACCUUGCGAGAGGCUUGGAGGAUGACCUCCAUGGCCAGAGUGAAUAGCAGUGGGGAGAUGGUACACCCAGCCAUGAUUCCCACUUCCAGGUGCUGCCAUGCAGUGGUGUACCCUGCUGUUCUAACGCAGAGCUGGAUAUCCUUAAAGUCGUCUCUAACCAAGGUUGUAAGCGGCGCUGGGAUCUUGAAAUAGUCAAUAUUAUGAGGGACUGAGCCAAAGGCAUUUGCUAAGACCAGGAACACCACAUGAAGAUCUCUCCCCUCUUUUUUGGCACCUUGGAUCUGAUGCCAGAUGACGCUAGUGUGUUCUAUGCAUCCGGAGAAGCCAGGUAUUCCUGCUUUCUGGAUUGACGUGUCAAUCAGGUUGUUACCUUGCAGGUAUUCUGAUAGCCUAUGAGCAAGCACGCUGAAGAAAAUUUUCCCUUCGACAUUUAGGAAGCUGAUGACAUGUAUAGAACUUCAACUUUAACUAUCAGGAGGGAAGACAGACACUUUAUGAAGUUCGGUCUACUAGAUCUCCCACAUCCAAAAUGGAGGACGCACUCAAUGAUGCAUUCAGGGGCCAUGGUGAGAGAAGAGGAGGCCCCAUAGCUCAGUGGUUAGAGCACUAGUUUGGUAAACCAGGGGUUGUGGGUUCGUAUCCCACUGGGGCCUCCACUCCCUGAGAAGGGUUGGGUCAGGAAGGGCAUCUGGCAUAAAAAUUGUGCCAAACAUAUAUGUGCGUUCAUCUGAGAUGAUAUCCUGUGGUGACGCCGAAAGGAAAACAACAACAUUCAAGAAUAACUGCAAACAAAAAUUAUAAUGUGAAAGCAAGAGUAUAUUGCACAACGAAUGGAACGAAAAUGAAGUUAAUUGUACUGCGCAAAACAGUGGGAGAAAUAUGAUCAGCGCAGUAUAGUAUUCAAAAAAAGGCAAAUGUGAAAUGGAAAUAAUGAAAAAACAAUGAGGAAGUUAAAUAUAAUAAGUACAUAAAUAAUUAUUACAAAAUAAAUGGGCAAUGUGAACAAGGAAAACUUGCUAGAAUGUGUUGAUAAAAUGAUGUACUCUACCUGGAGAGAACAAAUCGAUAAUGUGUGUUAUUGGGCAGUAAAUGUAGAAGGAAAAUGUAAACAAACGUUACA